ACACCGGCAAAUAUUAUCUGUCAAAAAGAAAACGGAUCGUUGCACUCUCAGGAACGCUAAAAUUUAUAAAAAUAUAAGUUUUCUAUGGAUUUAGAAUAAUAACACGUCUUGUACUUAUUAAUUUUAACUAUGUUUUGGAGCGGAAACUAUAUUGUAGUUAGGGAGUUAAAUUUUCUUCUUAAAGAGGAGAAUGUAACAUUGUCACAAGUGUUGGAGGCGGACGACAUCCUGCAGGAAUGCAAGGCGGACAACAAAGCGCUCAUACAGUUCCUCACAAAGCCAGAGAUUCUGGCGGAGCUGAUAACACUGAUCACAGAGGAGCCACCGAAGAAUGUGGAGCUGGCGUCGCAGUACCGGCACGCCAACAUCGCGUGCGAGGUGCUCACCAGCCACCUGUCCAUGCUGAGCGACCGCCUGUCGCUGGACGCCACGCAGAUGAACCGCCUCUGCGACUUCAUCAACCGGGAGCCGCCGCUCAACCCGCUGCUCGCCUCCUACUUCAGCAAAACUGUGGAAAUGCUGCUCGAAAGGAGCCCCAAACAGGACUGCUAUCUAUAUCACAUAGUGUGUCUGCGAGUCCUGGACUUCUUCAAGUCGCGGCGUGACUUCCUGCCGAACCUGCUGCGCCACAUGUCCACCUCCGCCAUCGCAGACACCUUCAAGUACUUUAUCAGGCUUGACGACCUCUUCAAAAAGACUGUCAUGGAGUGGCUGGACGAGCACCAGUUCCUGGAGUGCCUCAUACAGAUCGUGUGCGGCACGUACGUGCCCGAGGAGCUGGCGGACGCGGAGAAGGCGGAGCACGAGACCAGCGAGAAGCCUCAGCACAACCACAAGGACGACUCCGGGGGCAGCGACGCUGAUCGAGAUAAAGGCACUCCGGCGGAGGCGGCGGUGGCGCGGGCGCGGCGGCGCACGGCGGCGGCGGCGGCGGGCAACGCGGCGGCGCUGCUGUGCGAGCUGGUCGCGUCGGGCUGCGCGGGCGAGGCGGGCGCGGCGCGCUCGCGCACGAGCUGGGCGCUGCUGGCGCGGCUGGCGGCCGAGCGCGGGGUGCGGGCGCUGCUGGGCGGCAUGUUCACGAGCGGCGCGGCGGCGCGCGACGCGGCGCUGGUGCAGGGCUGCGCCGUGCUGCGCGCGCUGCUGCUGCACGAGCCCGCGCUGCGCGCCAAGCUGUGCGAGGACGAGCCCGCCGCCGACGACGAGCGCAGCGCCGUGGAGCUGGCCGUGGCGCCGCACCUGCCGCUGCUGCACCACGCGCUGCUGCGGCCCGGUGACGAGGGCCGGGUCGGGCUGGCCCGCCUGCAGGUGGCGGCGCUGCUGGCGCACCUGGCGCUGUCGGAGGUGGAGGAGGUGGCUCGCACGCUGCUGACGCUGGGCACGCCGGCGCUGCUGGUGGAGCUGUUCUUCCAGCACCCCAACAACAACUUCCUGCACGCGCACGUGUACACGCUGCUCAAGCACGCGCUCACCAACCGCGUCUUCCGCAACCAGUACCAGCGACAUCUGGUGGAGGAGUGCGGGCUGCUGGCGCGGCUGAUGGAGGCGUGGCAGGCGGCGCGGGCGGGGCCGGGCCCGCGGCCGGGCUACAUGGGGCACGUGGUGCUGUGCCUGGCGCGGCUGGCGCGGGCGCUGGCGCAGCCCGACGCGGCGCCGCUGCCGCCCGACCUGGCGCCGCGCUGGGAGGCCUUCCGCGACCACGAGCUGCGCCCGCUGCUGCAGCAGCACGACACGCCGCUGGGCGGCUAUCAUCCAUCAGAAAAUAUUUAUGAGGUGGAGAUAAUGGCGGACACUCUAGCAGCUAACUACGACUUCAACGACAUGGCGGCCACGGCCAGCAUGGACGAGAUGGCGGACGACGUCAACGCCGACGAUGCUAACGAGAUGUGUCGGGACAUGGCGUCUAACCUGGAGUCUCCGGACUUCAUAGCGGACGGGCUGGGUAUCGACGACGCAGACAACAUGAGAGCGGCUAAGAGUAACUUCCUGGAGCUCGCGCGACAGAGGUUCGAUGACGACAUGUGGGACAGCCCGGGCGAGGCGGAGGACGAGGCCGAGGCGGAGGCCGAGCCCGCCGUCGCCGUGCAGGACCUGCUCGACCAACACUCGCCGUGGGAGAGCGCGGGCGGCGGCGGCGCGGGCGAGGGCUGGGCGCACUUCGACGAGCCGGCGCCGCCCGCCCAGGACUUCGCGCCCUUCUGGGCCUACGCGCCGCUCGACCCGGAGCUGGAGGCGGGCAUGCGGUCGCUGCGGCUGGAGGCGGCCGAGGCGUCCAGCGUCGAGCUCGCCAACAACCUGCUCACCGCCAUGUCCGCCAUGUCGCCCGACGCCAUCGCCAACAUCGUCAACGCCAACCUGCCGCAGCCGCCGCCCGGCUCCGCCCCCGCGCCCGCCCCCGCCGAGCCGCCCGCGCCCGCCCCCGCCGCCCCCGCCGCCCCCGCCGACCCGCCCGCGGGCCCCCCGGGGGCGGGCGGCAGGUGAUGGCGCCGCACCCCCUAACUGUUUGAUGUGAUCGUCAGUGAGGACACUGUUUGCAUUUAAUAUCGAAUUCGAUGUGUCUUACAAAUAAGUGUUUUAAACGUUCAAUUCGGGAAGAAAUCAUACUUAAGUAUUUCCUAUUCAUACACUUUCUAAUCAUUACUAAUAUAAGGUGUAAUACAAAUAUCAUAAUGGUAAUUAUAUUAAUAUUGAACAAAUUACAUUAUCGUCCGGCGCGCAUACCCGCGCCGAGCUUGUCUGACCAAUGUGUAUAGUUGUUUCAUCAUUCCUUCAGCACAUAAUCCUACGAGACGCCCGAAGGCUUCUCAAUAUUACAAAGUACUUGAAGGAGUGUGAGAUCUCUUAGAUGUAAAUAUGUAGCUAUGCAGAGAGUGCAGUACCGACACCCUCGCGACGUGCACAUGUCGCGGCACUGCAGGCUCUGCUCCACUCACCUUGAUCAUGUAAUCCGCGUGACACGCAUACACGUAUAACAUGUGACGCGCGUCACUCGCCGCAGCGGAUUGUAACGAUGCUGUUACUGUAUAUAGUACGAAUCAUUUGGCCAAUUAUUGAGCUUUACCUUUCCAUCGUAUAUUCCUGAAUGUAAUGAAUAUUAUUGACCAAUAAGUUUGUUCGUGUUAGCUAAAUUGGUUUGAGUAUAUCCGUUGAUUGUUAAGUUGAAACCUAUCGUUGACCGAGGGUGCUUCCGUGUUGAAACUUCCGCCGUCGAUACUGUGGACGGCGAGUAGCUAGUGGUCUGCUGCUUCAACUCAAUGACGCUGGAUGCGUGAUUGAGUUAACGCUGAGACUUGGCCAUACAGCAGUGUAAUAAUAACGAAGUCGGCUGCUAAACUAUCUCACCUUAGUAAAUCAUUCCUUGUAAGUAAACGCCUUAAGCGGUGAUCACACCGGCCGCGCGAUUGUCGCCCUUAUUGUAAGGGCAUAGGGUCGCCACUGAGAUUUCUUAGUUUCGUUAAGGAGCCUUAUGUAGUUUGGGGUCUAUAAUUGUUUAAUAACUUCGCCGGGCCUUAUCAUUUGAUGUGGUUCACAGUUACAUGGUCGGUGUCGUUGAUUCAGCUUAGUUUAGAGGUUAGCAAUUAUAUGACCACUGUAGACUAUUUCUUCCGUUCUUUUUUUGUGAUUAAUCAUAAUCAUGAAUGUAACUCAUGAAUUCCCUAAGUAACAAGUGUUCAUAUCAGUUGUAUAUCAGUUGACAUAUCGCGUCCACUCCCGCGCUUACCUACUGAGGGCACAAUGUGCUCCACGUUUACUUACGUCUUCAUGUACCCAAACACGUGAUUCGAAGAAAUCUCGCCUGUAUGUACAAUCACACUAUCCUAGUUAUAAUAUGUACUGCUUAUUUACUUAUAUUUGUGUAGUAUUUAAUUAUAAUCGGAAGUGCAGUAGUGGGCAGUACAUUGGAACGUGGCAGUGCUAGGGGCGGCGUCGUUAGAUAUACAUAAUCAAGUGCGCCACAUAUCGCAGUGUCAGUGUCGACACGAGCCGCGGCUGUGGACAUAUCCACUUAUAUCAAUAGGUUAGUAUUCCUUGCUUUCUGUUCAUGUUCCAAGAGUUGUGUUCAACUGUGCGGCGCUGUGGCUCCGGACACUUAUCAUUUGAUCCCUACAACCAGCGUGCCAAAUAUUACGAAUCUGAAUGUAAAUCGUUAUAAUUUUUUGUCCUAAUUAAAUCUCGGACUGGGACUACACGCAAUAUUAUUAAAUGUGAUUUAAUCUUUAUCAAAUAAACUUAAUUUUAAGUAUGUUAUCAAUAAAAGAUAUAGCAGUGACUGCAAAAAAUGUCGCCAAAAAUCAUGAAUUGUAUGAAAUAUGUAUUUGUUUUUUAAUCUAAAAUAGUGCCUAUGUGUUUUUACUUUUAUAAUGAACGUAAUCGUGGCGAGCGAGAUGUAAUAAUAUUUCACUGUAACACAUUAUAUUGGAGUGUAUAUCAGCGUUAGGGCUGUUCGCGACACAACGCCGCCGAAUGUCCUGUCGCUCGGCAGAGCUGUGUUGUGGACACGAGUAGUUCGCUCUGAACAAAUGCUACAUCACCACAUAGAUACGCACUAGUGUUAUUGUUAGUACGUUUGUGUAAUUCAUGUCACCAUCACGAUAUUUUUAUAAACUCGUCUGUUUCGUAACGUAAUGUAUAUUGUUAGGACCGUAGGAACCCUAGAAGUGUGCCGCGCCGCCGGCUGCCAGCUGACUCCUCGCUCCUGCUGACUGCUGCAGGACAAUUCAUUAACAAUGUGCCGGCGGCCAUCGGCCGUCACACGAGCCGCUAGUGACGUCACGCCGCACGUGCCACUGGUGCAGCCUCGCCUACUCAGAGAGAUAUAUUGUGAUUCCUAGCUCAUAAGUUUACUAUUCUUGUUGUCUUUCAUUAAAAUUUUACUACUAUUAAAAUAAAAACAUUUUAAUUCGAGUCUCUCAGUGGCACCCCGAGGCGCAAGGUACGGGCUGACACGUGACGCGUGCGGCGUUGGCCGGCACUCGCACUCGCACGUGCGGGCGUCGCCGGCACUCGCACUCGCACUCGCACGUGCGUGCAUCGCCGGCACUCGCAUUCGAACUCGCACGAGCGGGCGUCGCCGGCACUCGCACGUGCGUGCGUCGCCGGCACUCGCACUCGCACUGGCACGUGCGGGCGUCGCCGGCACUCGCACUCGCACUGGCACUUGCGGGCGUCGCCGGCACUCGCACUCGCACUCGCACGUGCGGGCGUCGCCGGCGUCUGCUCGGAGCGUUAGUAUUAUAGUUGUUAGCAUUUAAAGCUGUGACACGUAAACAUUGUAUUAGUGCAAUUAGUUGCCUUUGGGUCUUGUUGUCAAAUUUUAUAUUUAAUGUAAUCUUAAGCGCGUAGGUAAUGUUGUUGAUUUCGAUUAUAUUUUAGUUUGAGUUGACACACCUCUGUAUAUACUGGUUCAUGUAAUGAAACGUCCGGCAGUGUGUCCGAGUGUCCGGCGCCGGCGCGGACGCCCUCGCCGCCGCGUCCGGCCACGUCGGACACACCGCCGGACAUCACAUCAUUUACAACAUUAAAUUGGUUAAUUAGUGGAAGGUUCGUAGCGAAAUAUACUUAUUAGUGUUUUGUAUCGGGCGAGUGUGAUAACAACAUGUGAUCCUUUUGACUGCAUGUGUCGGUCGCCUUCACUGGUACUUCCAACCAUUUAUACAAUGUACAGGAUUUUGUGAUAACGUGGACGUUUUCCAUUUCUCCCUUGAGCUAACCGCGACCGUCCUCGAUGUAAUGCUUACUUAGUGCGCACGAGCUGUCGCCGCCAUGCUGUGUGUACUGUCAUGCUGUGUGCAUGCUGUGCCGAGCAGCGCAGGUGCUGUGGCCGCGCGACGACGCUCUAUGGACUUAGUUCUGUACAAAUGGUGAUUUUAGUGGUAGUGAACAAGUAAGCACACAGUUGCUACACUCGCGACAAUGUGAGCAUUAGACAUGGGUAGUUCACGAACGAUUGAAGGAAAUGGACUACUUCACUUCCGAAAAUAAACGUAUCAUUCCUUCACUACUCCUUCGAAUGUGUCUCUACUUCAUUUAGUUCACUAGUUCAGGAUCCUUCCAUAGAUAGGAUCGGCUACAUAUUUCGAUUUUUAAAUACGCCAACCUAAACUAAAAUAUAUCUAAAUUACUUAAAAGCUACAUAAUUUUCUGUUUAUUAAUAUUUUCACGGUUGAUAGUCCUAAGCCUGUGUAAAGUAUGGAGGAAAAUCGAGAUAAAAAAUCAAGUGAUUCAUUCGUCGAUACUUAUCCCUCACACUACAGAUUGACUCGUUUUGAUUUACUGAACUAAAUGACUACGAUUAUGAUUCCUAAGAGCUGGGUGACUCAUUGACUCGUUCAGAUUUGGUGAACUAAAUGAAGUACUGAAGUAAAUGAGUGGACUACUUCGUUGAGCGAAAAGAACUACUUCAUUCAUUUCUUUUCAAUGACACAUUUUGCGCAUGUCUACCGCGCAUCGCCACUUCCGGGCACAAAUUCAAAUUUAAAUUAUAAUAGACUUCAAAUCGAAUUACCUCAAAAUAUGACUGCAACUUGUGAUUACUUGUCAGUAUCUGUCGUGUACAUAGUGUCGGUGAGCUGUGAGCGACUAACGAGAACUGUGCCUUCCGGGCGGCUGUGACGUCACGCCCGGCGCGCGAGACGACAUAAUAAAUGCUCGUAUGUAUUCUAUUGUAUUUAUAUCAUAGUUAAAGUUUUAUUAAAAAAGUUGCUCAAUA